AUGUCUCAAAUUAUUUUUCGAGUCUCAGUUGUUAGGGGAGUGGUUCGCCAAUGGGAUAGUACUCCAUUUUGGGGAUGUCGAGUUUUCGAUCGAUUAAAUCCAGUGAUAGGAUCGGCUUUGACGGACAAAAAUGGACGGUUCGAGCUGGUAGUGGAUGGUGGAUUUCUUGUUCAGUUGGAAUUCAUUCGUCAUCCCACUUCCCGAUUCACAGCUCAGUUAGAUGUCUACGUUCCUGUUAAUCAUAUUGUGAACAUUGGAGACUUCUAUCUUAUCGAUCGGUCUACUUCUCCCUUAAUUCCGGCAUCUCCACUUUCCAGAGGUCCCGUUCCACAAAAUUUAUAUGAGGGCGCUGUCACUGGUGUUGGUGGAAUUCUUCCAACUUCUCCUAUUUAUGGUGAUCUCUGGGUUGCUGGACUUUUACCCUCCAUGAAUCCGGACUCUCCGGCAAAUCUCUGUCCUCCUGACGUCCACGAUAUCAGUCGCAUUGGAGGUCCGAUAAUUAAACUUAACGCCAGAGGUUUUGAUGGAAGUUCCUACGAUGAUCUUUCCGUUUGCUUCGAUUCUGAUGAGUCUCUUUGUGCUAGCAGAGAAGGUGUUCUCUCCUACCGAUAUGGAUUGAAGCCGACAAACCUUUAUCUUGUCCAAAGGUCCGAUAAGACUUUGAAGUCACCUUCAUUCAUUGUGAUAAAGAUGCUUUCUAGUGAUCGAACUCCACCAGAAUUUUUGAACGAGGUUCACCUCUCAAUUGAUGUUGCUGGUCUACGUCAAUCUUGGAGAUUUGAACCCAGCCAGGGACUUGAAUUUACUUUCAUUUGGAAUCGGACUGAUGGUUACAACAGAUCCGUAUACGGGAGAGUUUCUGCCAAAGUAUCCGUCGGUUUUCUAUAUGGUGACUGUCCAACAGUCUUCUGGGAACAUCGUGUAGUCCAUAUUGACGGUCAUGACGUCACCUCCAUCGAUCUUCCUCGUUGGAAUUUGGACGCACGGCAUACCUAUGUGCCUAAUCAAGGAAUCAUCUAUAUGGGAGAUGGGCGAUCCGCAUCAGUUGGAGGUGAAAACUUGGUAGUGUCUCUUGUUCUUGGAAAACCAAAUGUUCGUCGACCCGCCAAUCGUUGCGAAAUGUGUCUAGGUCGAGCUCGUGGAAAUCCCAUUUUUCGUGUUGCUGCUCUCUCAACGGAUGAAACUGGACGUUUGCUUGUUGUGGAUGGUCACUUCGUUCGUUACCUCCAUACUGAAAAUCAUCGUCAAGCUUUUGAUUCGAUGGGGUGUUCUCCGAGUUUUAAUCAUGAUAUGAUCAAUUUAAGAUCAUUUUCAAGCUCCUACGAUGGUCGUACGUCAUCAAUCCCUGGAAAUGGAGCUCAAAGUCCAUCAUUAUCUGAUUGGCUGAUUGCAGAUGUCCGACCCAUGAGCUUCGUCAGUGGUGGAUCUGGAGAAGCUGAUUGGCCGACGUACUACAUCGCUCGUCAUCCGAUCAGCAGCGAGGAACUAGAAGCUCUUUCACGUGGUGGUAUCGGUGGUGGCCGAGCUGGCGUCUUCAUCUCUGACACCAACAAUCGAACAAUCUGGUGGACUAGUCUGGCCAGAAGAGAUUUCAGUCAAAUGGUCAUUAGUGAACUGUGUCCACCGAAUGAAACAAUGUCAGACUGUUUAAGAAUGCCUCUGACCAAACCAAAAGGACUGGUUGUCACAUAUAAUGAGGACCUCUUUUUUAUUGAUGACAAACGUCUCUGGCGUUACCAGUUGCGUCGACCUCCGGGUCAAAGGUCAAGUCGAAUGGAGUUGGUGAUUGGGCAGUCAGAUGGAAGCGGAAUGCCUAUGCCCUGUGAGCGAUCUCUUUCUGCGAAUAAAGUUCAACUAACUGACCCCACUUUCAUCGCAUACAACCCUGUUGAGGAUUGUCUCUACUACGUUGAUGACAAACGCGUUUACCGUCUACACUUGGCAAGUCGAAUGGUUUCUCUAGCCGCAGGUAGACUUCCGGGAUGCAAACCAUAUUCCAACUCCAAUUCAAAUAAACCAUCCAGAUCGUCAGCAUCGUCGGAUCAAUCUUUAGAAUCCACCAACUCUCCAUUUGCUGUCGACUUCGAAUUUUCUGAGAUUCGUGGAAUUGCCUUCUCCUCCAUUGGUGAACUCUACAUCACAGAAUCGGAUGUGAUCUGGAUUCGGCGUUCUGAUGGAAGACUUCAUCUAUUUGCUGGAGGAACAUCGACUUCUGCUUGGAAUGUUCCUCAAACCACCAGUUCUCGACUUCUCAACCCUUCGAAGAAGAUUCAAACUUACAACCAAAUUAAUCUUCUAGUUGAGCAUCCAGCUGUUGAUUUUCCAUUUGUCAAUAUUACCUCUAUCAGUGUUGGAAUCUUCGAUGAAGUAUUUAUAGCUGAUUCUGGGCAUAACGUUAUCUUUGCUGUCCGACCAGCUCCACCUAAACUUGGAAAAGAUGGAAAAUAUUCGAUCAAGCGAUCAGCAUCUGAGACCCAAGUAUUUAAUAAACAAGGUCAAUUGGAAGGAGUCAUUGAUACGUUGACCCAACAGAAGACUUCUUCCUUCGCCUUUACAGCAAACGGAUGGUUGUCUACGUUGAAGAUUGGGUCGUAUGAGUUGGCAUUCAAGAUCAGCCCACUUGGAUUCCCACAGCAGAUUGUGUUAAAUACAGGCGAGACCCAUAACUUAACUCUCGCGCCAAUGUUCAAGGGGUUUGGAUCGAUUGGCAGUCCUUUCGGUGGGGUCUGUCGUUACGAGUACUCUGAUCGUGAUCAGUUGCGCAAAAUUUGGACGAUUUCGAGUUCUCUGCCUUACGUUGCCACUUUUUCGCCAACAACUUCCCUGUUAACGUCUGUGGUCCUUCCUUCUGGAUGGAUAUAUUCUAUCCCGAUCAGUAAAGACGGAAAGAAAGAAAGUGACUUCUUCGAAAAAUUGGUAGAUUCUCGAGAGAUCUCAAUGACUUCCUCUCCGAAUGACGAGGUGAUAAAACUGACGUACUCUGGAGGAGCUCAAGAGGUAAUAUUUGAACGUCUUAAGCCCCAGUCAACUUCCAGUGACACCACAGCGAAUCAUGCUUCGUGGCAAGUUGGACGUAGGAUUCGAAUGUUUGUUCAACCCCAAUCUUCGGGCACUAUUCUCAGCUCGAGCAGUAAUUCAGAUAAUUCCUCAGUGCCUACGCCCCGUCUUAUUGAAAAUUUGGUAAUGUCAAGUUUUGACGUUUUUGGGGUCAUCACUCAGGACUUCGGUGUCGACAAUAGUCCCGUUCGACAGAGGAGAUUUUCUCUACAGUCUUCUCCUUCUUCAUCGUCCCUCUUUCUUGGAAGAAAGCGAAGGGAAUUGCCUUCCGAUGCAAUUCAAAAGACUCGUAAAACGCUAUCCAUCAAUGGGCAGCCCAUUCUCUCGGUCACUCUCGAUCGGGAACUCCUAACUGAGACAUUCCGCAGCCCUUCAACCGAUCGAUUGCUUCUUCAAAUUGUCUACAAUGCAAACAUGCAGCCAACUCUUUUCACGACUCAGCCGGUGGCUCCUAUUCCCAAAUCUGGAUUCGUCGACAUGUCGCCUAGUAUUGGCGCCAACUCCUCCAAAGCUUCAGCGCAAGACUCUAUGAUGGCUCCGUUGCGUAUCAUUUACACUCGUGAGGGACAGCUGAAGGAUGCCAUUUGGGGAGUGGCUAACUACCGUUUGAGCUACGAUUCUUCGAAACGUCUGAGGACUGCAGAGAUUGGAAGCACGUUAAAUACACUUGUCUUCGAUUAUCAAAAUCCAAACCUUCCAUACUUGCCCACCGAUGUUUCUGUCAGUGGUAUCGGUACCUACCAUUUCGUCUACAAGAACGAUCCUCAAACGGGUGAAAGUGGCUUUUCCCAUCUUAUCACGCCUCUUGGAACCUAUCGUACCUUCUCGCUUUUUACCAGCCUGGGAGUUGAACGCUUGACCUUAGUUCCAUGGGCUCUAGAAUCUGGAUCCUUGAAUUCUGCUGUUUUCACCUAUGACUGGGAAACUAGAGUUCCACCUUCUGGAUCUUUCCAGGGUUAUCCUCUAGCCCGCUUCACUUGGCCAUCAGGUCGACGAGUUAAUCGUCUCUGGGCGAAGCGUUUAGUCGUCUAUGACAAUAUUCAGAUCAGCUGGGACAAGGAAGAUUUGAUCGAUUCUACGUCUGUUAGACUUCAGGACUCUAUCAAUGAAUUCAAUCUGGAAGAAAAGCGUCAAUUUGGUACUGGAACGUUGGUGACUCAUGUAAGAGGAGAAUUGACUCUUGCUGGAACAAAGAGACCCAAACCAAAACGAUCUGGACUUCUGACAUAUACAUAUGAAUAUGAGUAUGAUCAUAGUUUCAUUGUUUCUGGAAUUCGAUCCUGUCUCUACAAAUCGUCUACAACCUCUCCACUAUGGUGUCAUCGUACUCAUAUAGCCUCCAACAGUUGGUCGGGAUAUUCCAUCAGUCCCCUAGGAGCCAAUUGUUUCCAAGAUGGUCUUUCAAGUUCUCUGGUUCUGAGUCAAACUGGUAUUCAAUUGAAUCGACGAUUCGAUAGUUCUGGUCGUUUAUUAACCUUUGCGUUACAGGAAUCUAAACGCCAGGAGGCAAUAAUAAAUGUGACAUUCUUGUACUCUGCCGACUGUCUUCUUCCCUCUGACAUGAAUUUGGAGAUAAUUGAGGAUGUUCCGCUGCGAACUCACUAUAGACGAGGCCCAGGCGGUCGAAUUGAAGGUAUUGAAUACGAAACCGUGGGUUCAAGCCGACGUAGGCACGUCCAAGUUUCCUACAAUGAGGAAUCAAGAAUAUCCGAUCUCAGACACUAUAUCUCAGACUCACAGUUUGCUAAAGCCGGCAGUAGUGAAAGCAAACAUAUCACCACAAAAUUCAUCUAUGAGCGAGGUCUUCUUUCUGGAUUUGGAAAUUGGAAGUACACCUUCGACGAAGAUGGUUGUUUGAUCGAACGAAAACUUCGAGACUCUGGAGGCAUUGAAGAUUUGUUUGAAUAUGACGCCAAAGGUCUUCUAAGAUGGGCUGAACGUCGUGUUAUGUCUUCAAUGACACAGCAAGAUCAGAAAACUAAAGUGGAAGAACCCUUCUGUAACGGUCUUGAAAACGCAUGCUAUCCUCAGGAAAUGGGUCAAGUCAAAGACUAUGCCAUCCAAUAUCUCUACGAUGCUGAAGACCGUUUGGUUGUCUUGAGGAAUAUCCUCAUCUUAGACGAUUGUAUUCAAUUCUUCUACGCUCACCCUCAAUAUCGAAAUCGAUUAACAUCCUUCUUCCAUCACGGCAAAGAAAAGGCCUACUUCCUGACGUAUGAACAAGAGACCGGUCACUUGUUCACUGUUGAAGAGGUUGAUCUUUCUGCAGUGACGGAAACGAACCCUGAACGAAAGGUGUAUGUUGUUAUUACGGAUACCGAGGGAUCUCCAAUAGCUCUCUAUUCAGAUGACAAGAUAAUAUGGACGGCAGAGUACAGUGCAACUGGUGGGCGACGUAUAGUCAAUCGUGGAUAUUCAAACACACCUCUAAUGGAGGAUUUCAUAGUCCCCUUGGGAUACCGUGGAGCUCUGACUGAUCCGCAUACAGGUUUCCUAUUUCACACACCAACCUGGCAGGCCUAUGAUCCAUUGGGUGCUACUUUGACAAGUCCCGAUUGGAGGAGAGCUGUUAAAUCACGUCUCAAACGUCUUUAUCACUAUCCACAAGGUCUUGAUCUCCAUGCUUGGUUCACAGAACGAAGUGACUUGGAUCAACUCAAUAGACUUCAAAUUGCUCUUAGUGAUCCUGCAUGGUGGUUGCGUAGACUUGACCAAGGAAUCGAUCGACUGUUUCCAAGACUUCAAAUAGAAACUGGUACUAUUCCAGCUCCUUUUAAGGAAGAAUAUAAAAAUCUCCCUACUAAGUGCAGCCAAGGUGUUGUCAUGACUUCGAGAAAACUUAAGCAAGCUGAACACAUGAAUGAGGAGCUAGAAAGACUCGGUAUUGUGGAUGUUUCUAAAUUUGGAUCGAGUAACGCUCUUCCUGCCUGGUUUGAUGAUCCCUGCCUGUUGGCUAGAAUCAAAACUUCUCCCCCUGUUUUUGGCACCGAUGUGAGUUUUUCCCUAUCUUCUGAUGGAACAGUCACAAUUCUUCCUGGGGUAAAUUCCUCUCUUGCUAAAAUAGCCCGAGUUUUGUUCUCCGGUGCAAAGUUGAUGGACUCGUGGUAUCUUCCAACCCCCUCUCACGGCGGUUUAGCAGCCGUAACUUCUUUCGUCCAACUCUUUGUCAAGAUCUCCCCAACUUUGACAAGUGAUCUUCAAGUCCUUCAAAUUCAACACUCUUCCCUUCUCUCUCAAACCCCCAUUCGUCUAGGUGGCAGUUCAUCUCCUGUAACUGGAAUUCGAAUGAGCCUUGACAAUUCUGCUGGUACUGAAUUGAGAAUAACUUCCGCUGCGUCAACAGGUGUUGAAUGGCGACUUCGAUAUGAAGAUAACUGGGUGCUAGCGAGUGGAAGAGUACUUCGAGAGGCUCGAAGACGAGGAGUAGAUUCCGCUCAAAGGCGUGCUUCCUUAAGAGUCGGUAGCCGAAGUCGUGGGCCCAGAACCUCUCCUAAACCUUGGCCUCCAUGGUCUUCUAUUUCACCUGAGAUUCAGCAGAUGGAAAGGGACGGGGGAGUAGUGAAUGGUUUCGCUUGGACGCCAGUCGUCAGGGAACUCAAGCGGUCUUCUGUCCUUACUGAACUCUUAGACGACCCAGGAAUAUACCAGCUUCUACCCGUUAAUGAAAAAUCAGAGACCUGA